AUGGCCUCCGACAGCGACACCGAGGAAUUCUACGACGCGCCCGAGGACGUGCACCUGGCGGGCGCCUCCCCCGCGCCGUCACCAAUGAAAGUUGGAUCCCAUGUAUUAAAGGAUACAGACAGCAAACUACACAAAGCUGGAGAAGAAACCUUUGUACAAGAAAUGAAACAAGAUGAUUCAAAAGAGAUCAUUGACAGUAUUAUAGAAGAAAGCCAGAAGGCACAGGAGCUGGAUGGUGACUCUCUAGCUUCUAGAGAAAAAGACCUGACUGUUCCAGCUGCAGAUGCAGAGGAUUGGGUUUCUGGAGCAGGCAUUGUUAGUCCUAUACCAGAAGUUUCAGCUGCUGAAGUACCAGUACAGGAAGAUCCUGGAGAACCUCUCUGUGAGGACACUGAAUUGGACUCAGGGAAGCUUCUGUUGACUUCUGAGCAACAGGAAACUGAUAAACUAACAAAAGUAACAAACUCAACUGACCAUAAAAUGGAUGAAACUGAAGCACAGGAGGAAACAUCAAACAAUGAGGACAGAGCAGACAAAAAAAAGGCAAAUGCUUUAGAACAGAUGGCUUCAGAUUUAUCUACCAAAGACCUUUCCACAACAGAAGAGAUGCCUCCAGCAAAGCCACCCAGGCAGCUUACUGUAGAGCCUGAUAUAGUUGCUAGCACAAAGAAACCUGUCCCAGCACGACCACCACCUCCAACAAACGUUCCUCCUCCAAGACCACCGCCUCCUGCCCGGCCAGCUCCACCACCUAGGAAGAAGAAGAGUGAACUGGAUUUUGAAGUGCAAAAACCUGGUUUAGAAGUUUCUCGAGAGAGCUUCCCAGCUGGUGGGUUUUUAACUCCAAAUACAGUGACAGAAGGCAUGCCCAAAGAUUCUCAGCCUUCUUUGGAUUUGGCCAGUGCAACCAGUGGAGAUAAAAUAGUCACUGCACAGGAAAAUGGGAAGGCAGCUGAUGGCCAAACAACAAAUGAAGUACUUGGACCACAAAGACCCAGGUCUAACUCUGGAAGAGAGCUCACAGAUGAGGAAAUUCUAGCAAGUGUGAUGAUAAAAAACCUUGACACAGGUGAAGAAAUCCCCCUGAGCUUGGCAGAAGAGAAGCUGCCCACAGGGAUUAAUCCCCUGACUCUACAUAUCAUGAGGAGGACUAAAGAAUAUGUCAGUAACGACGCAGCGCAGUCUGACGACGAAGACAAAAUGCAGGCACAGCAAACUGACACUGAUGGAGGGAGGCUGAAACAGAAAACGACCCAGCUGAAAAAGUUCCUUGGGAAAUCCGUGAAGCGAGCCAAGCACCUUGCGGAAGAGUACGGCGAGCGUGCCGUCAACAAGGUGAAGAGCGUCCGGGACGAAGUCUUCCAUACAGAUCAAGAUGAUCCCUCUUCCAGUGAUGAUGAGGGGAUGCCAUACACAAGACCAGUGAAGUUCAAAGCAGCACAUGGCUUCAAGGGACCUUAUGAUUUUGAACAGAUCAAAGUUGUUCAGGAUCUCAGUGGAGAGCAUAUGGGUGCUGUGUGGACAAUGAAGUUCUCUCACUGCGGUCGGUUGCUGGCCUCUGCAGGCCAGGACAAUGUGGUCAGAAUCUGGGUCUUAAAGAAUGCUUUUGACUACUUCAAUAACAUGAGAAUGAAGUACAACACAGAAGGCCGUGUCUCUCCUUCCCCAUCUCAAGAGAGUCUGAACUCUUCCAAGUCUGACACUGAUGCAGGGAUCUGCAGUGGAGUCGAUGAGGACCCAGACGAUAAAAAUGCUCCCUUCCGUCAGAGACCCUUCUGCAAAUACAAGGGGCACACAGCAGACCUCCUUGAUCUGUCUUGGUCUAAAAAUUACUUCUUGCUUUCUUCUUCCAUGGACAAAACUGUCAGAUUAUGGCAUAUAUCAAGAAGAGAAUGUCUCUGCUGUUUCCAGCACAUUGACUUUGUCACUGCUAUAGCCUUCCAUCCACGGGACGACAGGUACUUCUUGAGUGGCUCCUUGGAUGGGAAGCUGCGCCUGUGGAAUAUUCCUGACAAGAAGGUGGCCUUGUGGAACGAAGUGGAUGGGCAGACAAAGCUGAUCACAGCAGCCAACUUCUGCCAGAACGGGAAGUACGCCGUCAUCGGCACCUACGACGGGCGCUGCAUCUUCUACGACACCGAGCACCUCAAGUACCAUACUCAGAUCCACGUGCGUUCCACCAGGGGCAGGAAUAGGGUUGGAAGGAAAAUCACUGGCAUUGAACCCCUGCCUGGAGAGAACAAGAUACUAGUGACAUCCAAUGAUUCCAGAAUCAGGCUGUAUGACCUCAGAGAUCUGUCUUUAUCUAUGAAAUACAAAGGUUAUGUCAACAGCAGCAGCCAAAUCAAAGCCAGCUUCAGCCAUGACUUUACCUACAUUGUAAGUGGCUCAGAAGAUAAAUAUGUUUAUAUUUGGAGCACUUACCAUGACCUGAGCAAGUUUACAUCCGUGAGGAGAGACCGGAACGACUUCUGGGAAGGCAUUAAAGCACACAACGCAGUGGUCACCUCUGCCAUCUUUGCUCCCAACCCUGGCUUGAUGGUGGCACUGGAAACGUCUUCUGAAAAGCAAGAAGCUGAAAGCAAGGGAGAAGAUUCUGAAGCAUCAGAAACCAUCCCCUCUGGAGCUCUGAAGACAGAUCACACAGAAGUGCUUUUAUCAGCUGACUUCACUGGAGCAAUCAAAGUCUUCAUUAACAAAAAGAAAUGUGUCUUUUAAUUGGCCUGCAGCUGCCAGCAGAAAGCUCUGGGACUGGGGGGUUGCAGCUCCAGAAGUCAGGUGGGCAGAAGGCAAGGGUCUGAUGGAACAAUGUUACAGGCUGGUUUGGUUGGGAAUCUUUCUUUUAAGGCUACUCAAACAGUGGAUCUUGGGAGAGCAGUUUCUACCUGUUGACACCUGGUCUUGUAGAAAAGGAAGGGAUGUGGAAGAAAAUCCUGCCAAGCAUUAGGCUCUGAACUUCCUACACAGAGGAGGGAAGAAAAAGGGGGGAAGAAAAAGGGAGGUUGGGGUAACUGUGAAGGGGCACAGG